GCAAUGUGAACAAUACAGGUGUUGUUCGGCAUGUAAACAACGUGAAAAAUGGAGGAGGAAGUGACCAGUGGAGGCGAUAACAUUGUCGCAGAGUUCAACACUUAUGAAGACUUUUUGGACUCACAGAUCAAACCUAUAGAUUUGUUUUACUUGGAGGAUGAAGAAUUGGCCCGCCAGGUUGUGGAACUUGGAUAUAGGGGGAGUGGAGAGGUGUUAAAGCGGGAGGAAUUUGAAGCCAGGAAACAAGCAGCGGAGGCCAGUCGCCUAUCUAAACGCAGUCAACAAAAGACACUUGCAAGUUCAGGAAAGGAACUCAAAGACCCAUUUUUAAAAGCUCUUGCUCAUAGAGAGGAAGCAAACAGGAGUGGAAAAAUGACUACAAUUAUCUUCAUCCGAGAUAAGAAUGCCCGUGGCCAGGAGAUUUCUGGCUAUGUAGAUUAUGCCCACAGAUUGAAAACUGAGGAUUUUGAACCCUACUUUGCUGCAAGGAAAAGAUUAUUACCAAGACCAUCAGAUUUAAGCUUUUACAACUGGGAAACACAAACAUCCACAUCCAACCCAACGCCCAACUACCAGGUCAUCGCGGAGAAUGCCUCAGGACUUUUGUUCAAAAACAAGAGAGACAGAAAGAUCAUCAAUGUAGACCCAAAGGUUACCACACCUGGUGAUAAUUCCACUCGAACUGUCAUUGAAACCAGCAAGUAUGUUCAGGCUGUCAUCUACGACCACAUCACACGGAGAAAGACAUGAUUUGUUCAUACAAAAGAUCAAACUGACAUUUAAAGAUUCUGAAAAUUGCGAGAAAUCCAACGUCUGCUCUGUAGGGCUCUGGUAGCUCUUAGUGUACGACAUGUUAAUAUAAUUAUGUGGACAUUGCCAAGACAUUCCUGUAUGGAAACUUCUACAAAAGGUGGAAGAAAUGUUCUGAAAGCAGUGGUCAUACAAACAGUUAAAUUAACAUUCAUUUGUUAGUGAAAAAUAUGAUGGUUAUAUCAUACUGAAAAUGUUUGUUUUAAACAUAUUUAUUAAUUUAUAUUGAAGUAAACAAUGUAUUUUCAAAUGUUGAUGAAUAUAUUUUUCAUGACUGCACAUCUUCGUUGUAUCCAACUAUUACUAGCUUUGUAAACCCAACUUCACAUUUUACCAGUAUCCAGAUAUCUUAGUAGCUUUGGACACACAACAUCACAUCUUAUCGGUAUCCGGAUAUCUUAGUAGCUUUGGACAUUCAACAUAACAUCUUACCAGUAUCCGGAUAUCUUAGUAGCUUUGGACACACAACAUCACAUCUUACCAGUAUCCAGAUAUUUUACUAUCUUUGGACACCCAACAUCACAUCUUAUCUGAUAUUGUAUUCUUUUAUCACCCCUGAGGGUUUUUGAAAAGAUCAGUGAACAGAAAAUGAUAUCACAAAAUCAAUGGUUCCAUAUUCAUUUAUUUCCCACAUUUUAAUGUGAAAUGACAUCCAGACAACCACUUAUUUGUGCACAUUUGAAACCUUUUCACAUUCAUACUCAUCUUAAAAACAGACAGCAUCAUAUACAUUAUGUACCUAUAAAAUAAAUAGUAAAAUUGUGUCUCGGUCAUCAGUGACCCAGAAUACAUGACACCAUGAUUAAGUAAAGUACAACAUACUUCCCAUCUCUAUUUGUUUGCUAUGAUUUUGUUCCUUUUUCAGGAAUAAGGCUUUCUCUCAUCACUGUACAUGGAAAAUAAUAAAAUUGAGGAAUCUUGAAAACAAAUCUGAUCAAUAUAUAGAACAAUUCCAGAACACGAUACAAGAAUCUCUCCUUAAAGACUUUAUAUUCAGAUCAGAAUUUUUAAAAUUCUGUCUAUUCAAUUUGAAUUUCAUACAAAAUUUUCAAAAUUUUACAAGCACACAGUCCAUGGGAAAUAUUUAUCACAGUAACACUAUAGCUACACACAAUGGGUUUCCAUUGUUUUUGGAAUGUACAUUAACUAUCCUACAUAAGUCCAGUACAAUAAAAGAUCUCGAAA